AUGGACAUUAAUGAACCAUCAUUGAUGGACGUUGCACAUGACACGAUCAAUUCGACUCAAGGUCCGGCGCUAAUAGAAGUAGCUGACUCUCCUAGCAGCGACGGAAAAGGGCAGUACUUUUUUCGUAGUAAGAGGGCUCCUCUCUUAGCGUUUCACACUAAGCAAGUAAACUACCUCUCCCUCUCCCUCUCCUAUGGUCGAGUGAGUCCCUACCUAUGGUCGAGCAAGUUUCACUCCCUCUCCUAUGGUCGAGUGAGUCCCUACCUAUGGUCGAGCUUGUUUUCUUUCAGAACCUUAGCGCAAGCACUAAGUAAGCAAGCUACCUUGAACAGACUCUUAAAGGUUAGGUUACUACCUGCCUCUACGGAAGAGGUGUACUUUGUACCGCCCGGAGGUCAUAUAGAUCGAAACCCAGAGCGAUAA